CUCUUCUACUGCCUCUGCCAGUACCAAAACGGUUCUCUUAUCAAAGAAACACAUAACCAAAAAACUGCAUUCAAUCACCGCCUUUUACCAUGGGAAGUGCUUGUUUUUCCUGGGACGUUUGUUUGUUUUUCGUCCUCAUUAAUACUUGUGAGGUGAUGGGGAAUGUUGGACUCGCAGAUGCCGAUGAGUGCUCUGAAGGCACGGAUGACUGUCACAUUGAUGCCCUCUGCCAGAAUACCCCCAAAUCCUUCAACUGCAUCUGCAAGCCGGGGUACAAGGGAGACGGUAAGCAGUGCGAAGACAUGGACGAGUGUGAGAAUGAGUACAACGGAGGCUGUGUCCACGAGUGUAUCAACAUCCCGGGCAACUACAGGUGCACCUGCUACGACGGAUUCAUGUUGGCCCACGACGGACACAACUGUCUGGACGUGGAUGAGUGCAUGGACAACAACGGAGGAUGCCAGCAGGUGUGUGUGAACACCAUGGGAAGCUACGAGUGUAUGUGCAAACAAGGCUUCUUCCUCAGCGACAACCAGCAUACCUGCAUCCACCGCUCCGACGAUGGAAUGAACUGCAUGAACAAGGACCACGGCUGCGCCCACAUCUGCAGGGAGACCCCCAAGGGGGGCGUAGCUUGCGAGUGCCGGCCCGGGUUCGAGUUGGCAAAGAACCAAAGAGACUGUUCAUUGACGUGUAACUAUGGGAACGGAGGCUGCCAGCACAUGUGUGACGAUACGGAUGUGGGUCCGGUUUGUGGCUGUCACCAGAAGUACGCCCUGCACUCAGACAGCAAGACCUGCAUCGAUCUGUGCUCUGUUGCACCCCGAAAAUGUCGCCCGGAGUUUCAUGAUGACGAUGAGAGAGAUGAGGCUGCAAUUGAGAGCUCUGAGUUCAAUGCCACGUCAAUAGCUGAUGUGGACAAGCGGGUGAAACGGCGGCUUCUUAUGGAAACCUGUGCGGUGAACAAUGGCGGCUGUGACCGGACGUGCAAGGACACGGCUACAGGGGUACGCUGCAGCUGCCCCGUGGGAUUCACCCUGCAGCCAGACGGCAAGACCUGCAAAGACAUAGAUGAAUGUCAGGAGGCGUUCAAUAACGGCGGCUGUGACCAUUUCUGCAAAAACACGGUGGGCUCCUUUGAGUGCAGCUGCCAGAAGGGCCACAAGCUCCUCACAGACGAGCGCACCUGCCAGGAUAUUGACGAGUGUUCCUUUGAGAGGACCUGCGACCACACCUGCGUCAACUACCCUGGCAGCUUCGACUGUGUCUGUCAGGAAGGAUACACUCUGUACGGCCUCACACACUGCGGAGACAUAGAUGAGUGCAGCAUUAACAACGGGAGCUGUGAGCACAGCUGUGUGAACACACAGGGAGGCUAUGAGUGUCUGUGUCCGCCCGGUCAGAAACUCCACUGGAACAAGAAGGACUGCACCGAGGCGGUGAAGUGUUUGCCCAACGGGAAGCCAGUGCCGCGCGCCCAGCUCAGCUGUGACAAGAGAGGCGGGGUGGAGGUGUGCUCACUCUCCUGUCCUUCUAACGCACUCUUCCUCGCAGACUCUGAGAACAGCUACACACUAAGCUGUGGUGUGCCGGUGCAACCUGGGAAGGCACCACAGAAGAGGAACGCCACCACCGCCCUGCUCACCUGUGCAGAUACGUUACCACCGCCCAUCAAGCAGAAGGCCCGCUUCAAGGUCAAAGAUGCCAAGUGUCACCUGAGACCCAGGAACAAGGAAAAACACAGAGAGACGUCCAAGCCGAGCCUGCAAGGGGGUCCGCUCCCCUGUACUGACGACUGCCAGGUGACCUUUGUCAAUCUGAAGUGUGACUCAUCUAAGAAGCGGCGGCGUGGACGCAAGUCCCCUUCCAAAGAGGUUUCCCACAUCACAGCUGAGUUUGAGAUGGAGAUGAAGGAAGCCUCAGGUCAGUGUGACUGUGCAACCUCAGACUCGUGUAACGUGGAGUGUGUGAGGGAGCGUAUGAAGCAGAGGUUACAGAGUGCUAUGCGGACCCUGAGGAAGUCCAUCAACAAGCAGCAAUUCUACAUCCAGUUCUCUGGUACUGAGUACGAGGUGGCCCAGAAACCUGCACUGCACGUUGAGCAAUGCAGCACCGGACAGGUCUUACGGGACGGCAAGUGUGUGAGCUGUGGUGUGGGGACGUACUAUAGUGGAGACCAUGAUCAGUGUGUCGUGUGUCCCCCUGGUACAUACCAGGACACAAUGGGCCAGCUGUCCUGUGAACCCUGCCCCAGCACCGAGGGACAGGGCAUCGCUGGGGCCAAGAACGUCUCCCAGUGCGGAGGCCAGUGUCCGGCUGGUCAUUAUUCGCCAGAUGGGUUCCGUCCAUGUAACCCCUGUCCUCUGGGCUCCUUCCAGCCGGAGCCUGGCCGCGUACUCUGCUUCUCCUGUGGAGGUGGCCUCAUGACCAAGUACGAGGGCUCUGUCGCCUUCAGGGACUGUGAGGCCAAAGUCCACUGUGCUCCUGGACACCACUACAACUCCAGUAACCACCGCUGUAUCCGCUGCCCAGCCGGUACCUACCAGUCAGAGUUUGGACAGAACUACUGCAUCACCUGCCCUGGCAACACCACCACCGACUUUGACGGAGCCACCAACGUCUCUCACUGCAAAAACCAGGUGUGUGGGGGUGAGCUGGGAGACUUCACAGGCUUUAUUGAGUCUCCUAACUACCCCGGGGACUACCCGUCCAAUGUAGACUGUAUCUGGACCAUCAACCCCCCCCACAAGAGACGCAUCCUCAUCGUGGUGCCUGAGAUCUUCCUCCCCAUCGAAGACGAGUGUGGAGACGUGCUCGUCAUGAGGAAGAGUGCCCUGCCCACCUCCAUCACCACCUAUGAGACGUGUCAGACGUACGAGCGACCAAUCGCCUUCACCUCCCGCUCACGCAAGCUCUGGAUCCAGUUCAAGUCCAAUGAGGGCAACAGUGGCAAGGGCUUCCAAGUCCCCUAUGUCACCUAUGAUGAGGACUACCAGCAGCUGAUAGAGGACAUUGUCCGGGACGGCAGACUCUACGCAUCAGAGAAUCACCAAGAGAUACUGAAAGAUAAAAAACUGAUCAAAGCCCUGUUUGACGUUCUGGCUCACCCCCAGAACUACUUCAGGUACACGGCACAGGAGUCCAAAGACAUGUUCCCCCGCUCGUUCAUCAAGCUGCUGCGCUCCAAAGUCACACGGUUCCUACGGCCGUACAAAUAAGCUGCUCCGUCCCCUGUCUGUUACCCAGACGCUUACCCCUUAUGCUUAUCCAACGCCCCCUUUCCACCAUCUACUCCUCCCUACCCUUCACCUACGUCCUUACCCCUGUCAACAUCCCCAUAUGUCUUCUAAUCCCCACGUCUAUACACCUACAUCUCUACUACAACCCCCUAUCCCGCCAAUCUAUCCCUCUCUUCUACACCCCCUCUACUCUGAAACACUUCUUCUACACCCCCUCUACUCUGAAACACUUCUUCUACACCCCCUCUACACUGAAACACUUCUUCUACACCCCCUCUACUCUGAAACACUUCUUCUACACCCCCUCACCCCCUCUACCCUGAAACACUUAUUCUACACCCCCUCUACCCUGAAACACUUUUUCUACACCCCCUCUAAUCUGAAACACUUCUUCUACACCCCCUCUACCCUGAAACACUUCUUCUACACCCCUAUACUUCUCUUACACCCCCAACUCUACCAAGAGUUCCUCGUGCUCGCUAUCCCAGCAUUCCCUGCACAGGAACAGAGAACCGUCUCUCCCUCUUUUGUCUUUUUGUCUGCAGUCCUCAUUUCCAGCUUUUCCCCUGUACUUCUGUUUUGGUUUGGUUUGUUUUUGUGUUGUUGUUGUUGUUGUUGUCGUUUUGGUUAUAUUUAUAUGUGUUAGAACUUGCAGAAGCCCACAACAUGGAUGUUUGAUAUAUAUGUACGUACAGACAUGUUGGCUACAAGUAAAAAAUGUAUGUGUAUGUAUAUUUGUGUUUGUGUGAGCAUACGUACGUAUGUGCACGUAGAUGGUGUGUGAGAGUGACGUCACACGCAGGUACAUUGAUGUAUCUUUAUUUUGUUAUUUUAAAAGGCCCCUGGCGUGCACAAAAAAACGAUUGGUGCACUUAAAUCAUAUUUUACAUCAACAUUUUCACAUGGGAAAUUAUUUCUAAAGACAUUUCUGAUUUCAGCAUCCCAGACCAUUCCACCUCAAACUGAGUACAGUGAAUGAAUACGUUUGAUUUUCAAAAAAGUCACUUUUUUAUUUUAUUUUUAAAGAUAUAUAACAAGAUGAAAAAACUACCUGCAAGUAACAGACGUUACUAUAGAGAGUAAUGUAUGUGAUGUAACUAAUAUUUGGAACUUUAAUUGCACUUGAAUUUUAUAUUGUAAACUGUAGAAAAAAAUCUACGUUACACUAUUCCUUAUGUUUUGUGUUGUAUAGAAAUGUUUCACCUUGGUUGUAGCAAAGAGAGAGACAAAAAUAUGUCCCGUUUUGUUCUCACAACAAAAAACCCAGGAUUCAAUAUCUUUAGACAGACACCGUCAAAUCCACCCAUUUGGCCUGAAAAGCAGUAUUGCCAGUAAGUAAUCAUUUAAAGGGAAAUGUCCUUAAUGACCCACUACUAUUUUAGUUGUGUGUGUGCUCCCAUCUCCUAACUCUGUCUCAUCCCUUUAAGACCUUCCUGACUAGCUGCCAGAGGAAAGGGGUGUUUUGUGUAAAGCUUCUUUAAUGAUGGCACUAAGUGCACACUCAAAACCACCUGCUUUUUACGAGUGUCCACUCUCAAUCUGUCCUAUUUGGACUUCUCCCAGUUUCUGUAAGUCAUCAACCUAAACUGUUGAUUUAAUAUCUAUAACACAUCUGUUAGUUUGUUUAUAUUUCUGCACAAUGCAAGUGGAGAAAAGAUGUAUUGUAUGAUGACGAGACUGUUGAUUUGGAGUAGUAGCAGAGAGACAAAUGUCUGUUUGAAAGUAUUGUGAUGUCUAUGAGAGUAUCUGUAUGUACAUAGCACUUGCAACUGUAACCAUAACCCAGAAAGAGCCCAAACUGACCCCAAGUAGUAAAACGUUCUGACAAAAUAUCACUUUCAUUGUUCUCCCCCUUGUAACACUCUCCCAGCAGAGUCUGUCUAAGCAAUAAGGCCCGAGGGGGUGUGGUAUAUGGCCAAUAUACCAAGGCUAAGGGCUGUUCUUAGUCAUGACGCAACGCAGAGUGCCUGGACACAGCCCUUAACAGUGGCAUAUUGGCAUUAUACCACAAACCCCCGAGGUGCCUUAUUGCUAUUAUAAACUGGUUACCAAUGUAAUUACAGCAGUAUAAAUAAAUGUUUUGUCAUACCCGUGGCAUACGGUCUGAUAUACCUGUCAGCCGAUCAGCAUUCAGGGUUCGAACCACCCAGUUUAUAAUGUCUGAUAUACCACGGCUGUCAGCCAAUCAGCAUUCAGGGCUCGAACCACCCAGUUUAUAAACAGCACAUCUAUUACACACCUAUUAAACUGCUAAUACUCUACUACUACAUGGUUAUAAACAACUUAAAUUCUUUGUACUGGGCACAAGGAUGAUAAGCAUAAUUAUCUGGCUUGUAUCUUCUUACCUUGAGGCCAUAUUCUGAAGGCCACUGAUAUGGGAACAGAUAUAGUCACUCAUUCAUAAAUUCUGCAUUGUGCCCUAUCACUGAUCCAGGACCUGUUCAGCCCAGUCUAAUUGUGACCCCCACUGUUGUGUGUAGAGCAGUUUCUUCUGAUGAGGUGUCAGUGUUCUGUUUGACAGAAUCUCUACACAAAGACAUUACAAAAAUCUCUCAAAUCAGAAUGAUAACUUGGCCCAUGUAGGGUUGUGUCAGAAAAUGUUACUAGUCUUCAAAUCAAAGCUCAUUGGAGGAGGUGGGCCGGGGGAGGGACCUUGCAACCUCUCCUCCAAUGAGCUUUGAGUGGAAUUGAGCUAACAAGGGCAGAGGAAGUAUGGAUUUGACAGCUAAUAAUGUUUUCAGAUGCAACCAAGGUGUUUGUCCACUCAGUCCACUCAAAAUGGUUGCCGCCUGCAGAGGUGUAGCUAAUGUUGGUACGGUGCACCCACUUCCUGUUGAGGGAUGUUUUGGGCGUUUAGUGUGUUUGAUGAUGAUGAAAAUCGGUAUGAAAUGCAAAACAGUGUAUGACUGACUUUUCCUGAGAAUGUAUUCUAUUGUGUGUGUGUGUGUGUGUUUGUUUGUGUGUGUGUGUGGAUGUGUGUGUGUGUGUGUGAGACAGUGUGAUACAGAAAGAGUGCAUUUUCUGUGUAUGUGUGUGUGAGAGUGAGACAGCGUGUGUCCGUGUGUGAGUAGCUUGUGAGAUCGUGGUGGAGAAAGAGAGAUACUGUAUGUUGGUACUUAAGUCCAUUUUAUAGAGGGAUAAUUUUAACGUUUGUGUUAGUCGGUUGUACCCAAAGAGAGAAACUGUAUCACAGUGUUUUGCCAUUGUUUGGUCCAUGAAAAUCCAGUAAAGAACAAAUUCAAAUAAAAUAGUAGCAGAAAAACAACUCCA